CUCCAGUGACAGCGCUAAAUGUAACUGAUGUAGUUUAUUUGCAGUGAUGGAGGCGACGCUCGGUGAAUGAGAAACCCAGUCGUUAGCUGCAGUAGUUAGCCUGCCCCCAGUACCUGCUCCCAGCCCCCCGGAAGCUCCAGGUGACUGUCUGAAUGAAGCUCGCGGUUCAUACCCCCCACAGAGACUGUCUGCCCCCCAACCUACAUUUGUUAAAGAGUAAACUGAAGAGGAGUUAUUCAUAAAAACCGAAUAAAAAUGCAGAGCACCACAACAAAAGUCAGUGGUCAGACACCAUCAGAUCUGAAGGAGCUCAUAGUUCCCAGUUACCCCAUUAGAACACUGUGCUCCCAGAGCUCAGCCUUACUGUGGUUCCUGGAGUCUCCAAAGGAGUCAGGAUCCUUCAGCUCUCAGGCUCCUCUGCUGGGACUCAGACCCCCUCUCCAUGUUUCAGUCCUGUGAUUAGUCUUAUUAUCGUUAGCUCUGCUCUCUGUGGAUCAUAUUCUACAGUUUGCUCUGAACCUGCUCUGUAUGAAAAGUGACCUGAGGUAACUUCUGUUCAGAGUCAGUUCUAUGGAAGUAAAACUGACUUGGUUGAAGUGUGGACCUGUCGUUCGCUCAGUUCACAUCAGUCCUCCAUCCUCGUACAGCAGGUCAAAGAAGAGGGUCCACACAGAGGAACUGAGAUUCUCUUUAAAUCAGUCACCUAAUGAAAAGAGUAGAAUCCUGUUUCCCUUCAUUGAUUAUGGAGAAUUGACUCUUCCAGCAUCUGGAAGCUUAACAUCUUUCACAGAAUCUCAUUCCACCUCUGCUGCUUUUAAUUUCAUCUCCUUUAUUUUUGUUGGUUUGAGUCUCAUUCAUUUUUGAUUUGAUCUUUGAAUCUUUAUCACCAUGAUGAUAUUUAACCAGCCUGUUCCACCACUGAUGGAUCAACCUGUGCCUAUCAUCAACCGGAAGCCGCGGCGGUGGUUGUUCAGUGUGACCUGACACUUCAGAUCAGAGCUGAGUUUCUCCUCCCAGAGCUCCCAGUCUGACCGAAACCUGCUCCGGACUGUACUGGAUUAUUUCCCGGGACAGGAAGCCGCAGAAGCCUCCGAGACCAGGACAGAGACCGGGACAGAGACCAGAAAGCAGAGCGGGUCAGAGCCAGGUGUGGGUGUGGGCGUGUCCCUGGCAGGUGGAGGUGACACCUGUUGAAUCAUGAAGCUACAGGAGAUGGACAGCCGCCGUCUGUCCCAGCUGUAGGUCAGUGAUGGCCGUGGCGUUUCCUGGAUGUGGAGGAGACGACGUCAGAUCCGGACUCCAUGUUGGUCGUCAUGGCCUCGCUGGAUGGGAGCACGCCAGUUGAGACUCUUCUGGCAGCGAUCCAUUUGGAGAGGUACCUGGACACCUUCUGUCGAGCUGGACUCCUAUUGGCUAGAGACUUCACACACCUGGAUCAUGACGCCCUUGUCAGUCUGGGUAUAACCGCCACGGGACACAGGAAGAGAAUACUACGAUUGGUUGGUCACAUUCAGAGGACAGAAGCUCAGAGAACCAAUCAGAGAGCAGCGUCUGACCUGCCACGUGACCGCUGUCAAUCUGUGACGGACGGUUCUUCAUCAGAGCGCGUUCGGUCUGCGGGACCCGUUAGCUUCGAGGCGUUCAGGAACAGUUCAGCUCCGAACCUCGGCGCCAUGCUGACAAACUCAGAAUCCAGCAGCAGCCGAGCUGUGGUGAAGCCGGUUCCCAAACCCAGAACCGUCUUCAACCGCCGCAGGACUGCACCCGUCCACUUCUGCCCAGCACCAGACCCUGCACCGCCCCCGCCUCGGAGGCUCUCCCAGGAAUCCAUUUGUUUUACUGUGUUAGAGGGUUUGACCUCAGGGGACACGCCCACACAUGACGACAGACUGACCUCCGAUCUCGGCGACAGGUCGACUUCGGUCAGCCGCAGACCGAGCCAGGCGGAGAGGACCAGGCCCAGUCGUAGCUUGUCUCUGUCAGACGCCGGGGGAUUGUUACCUCCAGUUCCCCCAAGGCUGAACCGUGGGGUCCCCCCCUCAGUAUUCCCGGGGUCCCCACCCUCUUCUUCUUCUUCUUCACCUGUACAAACCGAGCAGAACCAGGCUUUGUCCUUAUUGACUUCCUGUCCUGGUAGCUUUGACAGCAGCAGACUCUCUGGCUCCUCACCCUCCAUUUCUCCCCGAGGAGGUGGGAUGGAGAUGGUCUCCAAUGAGAUCUACUGGGGCACUUUGCCUGGAUGUGCUGCCCCCGGUGGAGGGAGGAGUUACUGCAGCCAACAGUCUGCUCCUCCGACUCCACCCAGACACACCCCUGAGAGAAACAGUGGCAGCACUUUAAGUAACAACUCUUCAGGAUCAGCCAGAGCUUCCACAGAUGACCCCGAGGAGGAGAUCAGCCCGUACUGUGAGACUGUUUUCCAGACCAGAAGAAAUCCACACGUCUCUGAGAGUGAGAGACGCAGACUGGAAGGAAGAGAGACGAGGACGGACGAGGACAAACAUGCAGAGGAUCAUGGGUGUCAGAAGUUCUCCUGGACGAAGCGUUUGUCUCAGGCUCUUCACUCCGGAGACUCUCAGGGUUAUAGCACCGUCGGAGAAGCUCCACCCCCCCUCCGCUGCCUCACCCUGCCCACCCACACCUUCCUCUCAGACACAGACGAAGACCUGACCAUCUCCCCCUACGCCAGCUACACCUCCCUGACCGAGAGAGCCCCACCCAUCAUCAGCGGCUGGUUGGACAAGCUGUCUCCGCAGGGGAACUACGUUUUCCAGAAGCGCUAUGUGAAAUUUGACGGCAAAAAUCUGAUGUACUUCGGCAGCGAGAAGGACGUCUACCCCAAAGGAGUGAUCCCAUUGGCUGCCAUCCAGAUGGCCCGCCCAUCCAAAGACAAUAAAUUUGAAAUAGUGACGAGUCAGAGGAUCUUUGUUUUCAGGACUGAUAAUGAAGUGCUGAAGCGGCGCUGGGUGUCCACGCUGCAGGAGCACGUCAGAGAUCAGCUGGUGUUCGGUCGGCGGCGUUUCGGUCCUGGAUCUCACUGUCAGAAACACGGAGUCCUGGAACUGAAAGGAACCAAGUCCAAAGUGUACGCCGCCAUCAACACGGACCAGAUCUGGCUCUACAAGAGUGAACAGUGUUUUCGUAACGGAAUCGGCAUCACGGUGAUCGAAGCUCGAGGAGCGACAAUCAGAGACGGAAAACACAAGAGCUUCGACCUCAUCACGCCGUACAAAACCUUCAGCUUCACGGCGGACUUGGACAGGGAGAAGCGGGACUGGAUGGAGGCCCUGCAGGAGUCGAUCGCAGAGACUCUGUCGGAUUACGAGGUGGCUGAGAAGAUCUGGUCCAACCGAUCCAACAGGAUGUGUGCCGACUGCAAGGCCCUGAACCCCGACUGGGCCUCCAUCAACCUGUGUGUGGUCAUCUGCAAGAACUGUGCAGGGCAGCACAGAGGACUGGGGACGAUGGUCUCUAAAGUUCAGAGUCUGAAGCUGGACACCAGCGUGUGGAGCAACGAGAUUGUCCAGCUGUUCAUUAUGCUGGGGAACGACCGGGCCAAUGAUUUCUGGGCGGCUCGUCUGUCCCUGUCGGAGGAGCUGGACUGUGACGCGUCACCUGAACACAGGAGAGAGUUCAUCACCCAGAAAUACAGAGAGGGACGAUACCGCCUCCCCCACCCUGCGUUCAGCAGCCAGGAGGAGCUGCUCAAGGUCUUGUGUUCGGCGGUCUCUGAACAGACUCUUCUUAAAACCGUCACUCAGAUUUUCACGGAGGCGGAGUCAGCUCGUCUCGCCAACAACUCCAACUGCCAGCGACCCCAUGACCUGCUGGAUCACUGCACUGCAUCAGAUCCCAGUGUGUAUGAUGAGAUCAUGCAGCCUGUUCUUCACUCUGGUUACCUGUACAAGUCCAACUCUGUCAACAAAGGAACGCUGUCCAGGAAGACUCGGGAAGAUUUCCAGAAGUUCUGGUGUUCGGUGGAUCAGUCUCUGCUGUUCUACGAGUCGGACCGAUCGGCUGAUCCCUGCAUGCAGAUCAGCGUUAAAGACAUCGUCUGUCUGGGAGUCAGCCGACCCGACUCCUCCAACAACGGGUUCAUCGACAGGUUUCGUUACACCUUCGAGUUGUAUUUGACUUCAGAGAAACUUUAUCAGUUUGGUUUGGAGACGGCCGACACUCUGCACAGCUGGACCAAAGCCAUCGGAAAGGCUGCGACCCCCCUCAGCUGUCACUGUCUCCUGACUCGGGAGUUUGAGCGGGUCGGUCUGCUGCGGUACAGAGCCAUGUUGGACCCGCAGCAGUGGAAGGAGGCCUACUUCGUCCUGCAGAAGUCCAACCUCUUCGUUUGUCCUCGAAACGACGGAGCAGCAGAGGACAUCAUCAAUCUGAACCGCCUGCAGGAGCUCAGUAUCACGUCUGAGAACGAGAACCACGAGAAGAAAGACAUCCUGGUUUUAGUAGAAAAGGGCAGGACGCUCCACCUGCAGGGGGUCGGCCGCACAGAUUUCUCUCUGUGGUACUCGGACAUCCAGCGAGCGGCCGGCGGCAAAGGAAACACCCUGAGAGAACAGCAACUGAGCAGGAACGACAUCCCCAUCAUCGUGGACAGCUGCAUCUCCUUCAUCACUCAGUAUGGUCUGGGUCACGAGGGGAUCUACAGGAAGAACGGCGCCAAAUCCAGGAUCAAACUGCUGAUGGACGAGUUUCGCAAAGACGCUCGAAACGUCAAACUGCGGAUCGGAGACCACUUCAUCGAGGACGUGACGGAUGUCCUGAAGAGGUUCUUCAGAGAGGUGGACGACCCCAUCUUCAUGGCCGACCUCCACCCGCUGUGGCAGGAGGCUGCCAAAAUCCCUCAGGAGAGCCAGAGGCUGGACCGCUACAAGGAAAUCAUCCGAAGUCUUCCUCGGGUCAACAGGACGACUCUGGCGGCUCUCAUCAGUCACCUGUACAGGGUCCAGAAAUGUGCCGACCUGAACCAGAUGUGCACGAAGAACCUGUCGCUGCUGUUCGCUCCCAGUCUGUUUCAGACCGACGGGAAAGGAGAACACGAGGUGAAGAUCGUGGAGGAUCUGAUAGACAACUACCUGUACGUCUUCGAUAUCGACGAGGAGCAUCAGACCCAGAUCGAGCUGGAGAUCAGCCUCAUCACCACCUGGAAGGACACGCAGCUGUCUCAGGCCGGAGAUCUGAUCAUCGAGGUGUACCUGGAGGUGAAGAUGCCGGACAGCUGCCUGACCCUCAAAGUGUCUCCCACUAUGUGUGCUGAGGAGCUGACCAAUCAGGUUCUGUACAUGAGGAACGUCCCGGCGGGAGACAAAGACGUCUGGAUGACGUUUGAGGCCAUCGAGGAUGGACAGCUGGAGCGUCCAUUACACCCCAAAGAGAAAGUCCUGGAGCAGGCCCUGCAGUGGUGUAAGAUGUCCGACCCGAGCUCGGCCUACCUGGUGGUGAAGAGAGUUCCUAAAGGAGAAGGCAUCAACAUCCUCACCUCCUAUAAGAGUGAGAUCAUGAAGAUCGGCCUGCUCAGGUGUCGUGAGGAACCUCCGAAGCUUCUUCAGGGGAACAAGUUCCAGGAGAGGACGUUUCAGAUCAAAGAUCACAAGCUGCUGCUGCUCAAAGACAAGAAGAGCAUCAAACCGGAGAAGGAGUGGUCUCUGAAGUCCAUGAAGGUCUACAUCGGCGUCCGUAGGAAACUGAAAGCUCCGACCAGGUGGGGCUUCACCGUGAUGUCAGAGAAACACCAGUUGUACCUGUGUUGCAGCUGUGAGGCCGACCUGUGGAGCUGGAUCACCAGCUUCCUCAAAGCUCAGAACGAUGACCCUGGUCCUCCGGUGCUGAGGCGUCACUCCUCGUCAGAUAUCUCCAAACAGAAGUUUGGGACGAUGCCGCUCGUCCCCAUCAGAGGAGACGAGAGCAACAACAACAUGCUGUCGGCCAAUCAGACGCUGAGAAAGUUACACGACAGGAGGACCCUCUCCAUGUACUUUCCCAUGAAGGUGCAGCAGGACUCAUUCGAGGAACGUUCAGAGUCCCCUGAUCUCCACGAGCCGCUCUACGAGGAGGUCGGAGACUUCGGCCUGCAGGUCCUUAAAUCUCUGGAGACCAGCUUCCGGACCAGCUGCGCUGCAGAGACCCAGGAGGUCCCGGACCUCCCGCCGCUCAGGCUCGUUCCUGAAACUGGACAUCUGGAUCACGUGACCGUCCCCGACCCGGCCCGGGCGGUCGGCGGCUCCGUGGAGACUCUGGAGCAGAGCGGCAGCAAUGGAGGUGGAGCAGGUGACGGAGAAGCGGACUGCAGCUCUCCAGACCUGAGCGCCGCCCGGGAGCCUGCGGUGAGGAGGAGGCAGCAGCUGCAGGGAGUCUGUACACCGUCACAGGAACUGCUGCUGCAGGAGCUGUCCUCUGCUUUCACCAGGAAGACUGAGGACGAGGACGAGAGGCCGUAUGACGUCUGAGAAACAGGACUGAAGAGGUUUCCAUAAUGUUCAGGUUCAUACAGAGUCUGUAGUCGGGGGGUGGGGGGGUGGAGGGGGGGACAGAUGGACAGACAUGAAGCACAUGAUCUUUACAGAGACCGAAGGACAAACAAAUCAGCAUUUGAAUUUCUGGUGACUGGACUCAGACCAGUCUGACGGUCCACCUGUCCUGUCCCUCUGAGACACAGCUCAGGCUCUGACUGGAUGAAUGUGAUCUGAUGAGGAGUCAACAGGUAGAUUCACCUGUCGUUGUCCAGCUGAAGGUUUACCCUCCUCACCUGACUCCUGUCAGUGUGAAGGAGCAGCGUCCCCUCGGCCUAUCAGAGUCACCCAAUCCUGUCAAACUCUGUCACCUGUGACGAGACCUGGAGACGCAGAGGACCAAGGUCUCAGGUUCGGUUUUCUGGAAACUAGAAGUGGUCCAAAGUUAUUUUCUAGAAAGGCCUGGAGUCCACGGUCCACUGUCCACUGUCCACUGUCCACAGUCCAUGGACAUCCUGACAGCUUGGACCUUGUGUCUGUAGUUACUGCUGUCUGACUGCAGGGGGCAGUGCAGGAAAACCUUUAAGUCUCCGUCCAGAUCAGACUCAAACCACGGACUCAGACGAGCUGAUGAAAAAGACAGGAAACGGACGGAUGGAGAGUUUUCAGCACGCUGAGGAGCAGCGGACUCUGUGAUUGGCUGAGAGGUCACCUGACUGCCACACCUGAGCACCGAACUGAAGCAGACUGUCAGUCCAGGAUCACACACACAUUUUUAUUCUUCUAAAGCCAAAGAACAGGAUGCAAAACAUCCCAUAAUACUCUGCCUCUGACUGUGUGUGUGUGUGUGUGUGUGUGUCAUUUAUCUAAAGAUAAAAAUAGAUUUCUGUGUAAAUCCAGUUUUUAUAGAAGCUCCAUGUAACUGUGACACUGCUGGUGUGAGUGUGGACCAUCAGACUGGUUCCACUGGUUUUAAUGGAAGGAGCCGGGGAUUGGCCUGUGGUGUUGGAUUAAAACACUCUGUUUCUGUCUGUAUUUUAACACUGAACGUUCUUUAACCUGAUCAUUGAUUAUUGAUUAUUGAUUAUUGAUGAAGAGCUGCUGUGGCUCAUCGUCAUCACUGGAUUCUAGUGGUUCACACGUGUUUCAGCCUCUUUGUGUUAAUUUAUUCCUGAAAGUUGGGAUGUGACAGGAUGUGAUGCUCAGAGUGAGCAGCAGGGGGCAGUGCUGACGUUCCCACCAGUCCUCCCACAGCGCAGCCGAAAUGGUCCCAGUAUGACAGUGGUCAGACUGGUUUGAUGGUGGUUGAUGUGUGUAGAUAUUUUCUCUCCUGAAGCUUCACAUGAAGGAAGAUAUUAAAUCUAUUUUGGU